GUUCCACUUCACUCGAUGCCUGAUUUUCUUCCUCCAAAUUGAACUGCGCUUCUCUUUUGACUGUCGCAUUGCAACCAUCAACACGAUCAUCAUCUACACACACCAUACGAUGCACCACCCUCCACUUCUGUAAUCAUCAUCAUCGCCUUCAUCACAUCCUCAUCUUCUUCUCUAUCGUCAUCAAACGUUUCCCAGCCAUCGAAAUGUCCUCCCCCUGAACCCCUCCAGUUCUCUCACAGUCGUACCACUGGUUCCAGUGUUCUGAAUGUGAGGCAUCAACCCCCGCGACUCGACAUUAGAUCAUUUCGCCCACCAUGGCCUCCUUCGACGAUACCUUUAACCCGGCCAGUCUCACUCGCUCCGAUACCAUCACUUCAACCUCAGCCAUCACAAAGGCUACCCCCGGCUCCGCGACCAAGCCCACAAAAACCACCCAGAGUUACCCGCGCAUAGAUCUGGAACCCCUCUACGCCGAGUUGAAAUCGUUAAUUGCCCACAACUGGGACACAUACUACGAUGCCCUGGCUCGUUUUGUUCGAGGAGAGUUGAAUGCUCGAGAGUUUGGCGACCAGUGCGACGUCUUCAUAUAUGCGACCCCACAGAGCGAGCAUGCUCACAACUCCUUAAUUGUCGCAAUCCUGUACAACACCUCUAGAGAUGCCCCCGAUCCAGGUCUUGCAGCAUGGGUCAGUGCCACCACCGACAAAGCAAGCCUGGCUGCCACCUCCAAACCUGCAAUCACGAGCGAUGCCAGCGAACAGAGACUAAAGGCCGAAGUCAUGGCCCUUCCACCAAGAGACCGGCGCCGUCUCAAAACGGUGGCAAACGACAAAGCUGAUGAGGAGGCAGCAGCGCGUCGAAACCCCUACGAAGACCAAUACCUCGCCGGGCGCAUCAAAGCCCCAGAAACGACCACGGGUGCCGCGGCUGGACUCACCAAGACAAAUUGGGAUCUUGAGAUUAGGAAACGAUAUCUCCAACCAUUGUUUGCCGACACCCUGGAAUUCCCUGAUACUGCCACCAUUCACGCGCGUAUCGUUCCAAUCUGUUACGAAGAAUCCAUUGCAUCUGGCUGUUCCAUACAAUGUGCCGAGCUUGUCGGAGUCGCCGCCGAAAUCUUUCUCAAAACCAUGCUGGCCGAGGUUUUCAAUCGCACCCGCUCCAAUGGACCACGGUAUGACAAUAGCCCUGCUGAAGGUAUCUUGACUUCGGCGUAUAGAAAACGCAUUGCACGAGAAGAAGCCGAUGUCAAGGCAGGCAAGCUGCGCCGGACUCGUGAGGAUGACCUUCUACCCUGUGAAGCGCAAGAAGCCUAUUCCAGACGGCCUAUAGGCAUGGUCGAGCUUCAACUUGCCAGCCAAGUAGGACCUUCGCCAUGGAACUCCAAUCCUCUCAUCGGCUUUUCCAUCACCAAUGCUUCGGCUAGCUACGACUAUGAUGACUGGGUGGCCGAGCACGGUCAAGUCACCACCAACGGCGAGGUUGACCAGUCAGAUGACCCUAUGGACGUGGACGGGUCUGAUAACUAUGGCUGGGAGGGGGCCGGAGCUCAAGCCAGACCAGCUCUCAAUUCGGUCCUAGCCGAAUGUCUGUCCAUACCUGUAUGAUGGAAGAGUUAACUCUCGAUGGAUGGCCGCUUCAGAUGGGCAUCCCUUUAUCGACGUCCUUUGGUGCAGAGCCCUUUCCCGGGUAUACGCACUCGAGCCCGCAACGACACCCGUUACAACAUGGGCCGUUUCACUAUGGCACGGUAUCAUGAUUACCUGGUCGUGGAUCACCGAGCGUGCUUGACUCACGCCAUGGGAGCUUCAGCGAAACAUCAACGGUCCAUGAGAAAGGUGGCCACAGUCAAAUUGCUUUCUCGCAUUUAUUGCCACUUUUCACGAGGGGAUGAUGUAAGUGGCUGUUUUGCUCGUUGCUGAGGCUCGAUGCGAGAAAUGCAUAUGAUGUGUCUACAUCAUCCAUUUGAGUAUUGAUUUUGAAAGAGUUAGCACAACGCAACUCGAGGCUGUCAAGAACAGCCAGCUGUACCUUUAGCACUUUUUUGCGCAGAUGGAGUCAUUCUCACACCAAGCAAAAGUCAUUACAAGCAAACCAAGCAGUUUGAAGAUCUUUGGAAACUCGACAAAUAGUCGCAGCAGGUUCCUCGACAUGGAAUCCUAGCUCGUAUGAAGAAAUGUGGGGAGCGGAGUUGGGAGUCAGGAUCUUGACUUUCAGAUGCAUGAGAUCCACGGGAACAAGCAUAAACAUGGAGAUGUCCGUCAAUGCUUCAUAGAACCACCACCAGAAUACAAGCCAAACAUGGACUUGAGAGCACAUGGCUCAAUGCGAUGAUUUGUUCUAUAAAGAUGUCAUUAGUCGCGGAUUUCCUUUUCAAAUCCAG